AUGAACGAAUGCAAUCAAGCUAAGAAAUUCUUCCGAGAGGACCAUUUUCGCCAACAUCUUAAGCAUAGCCAUGCUGCUACAAUUGGGGAAUGGAUCAACCUGCUAGCAAAGGCUUGCAAAAAAGAUGAACCACCACCACAAGACCCACUGCCUGGUUCGUCAAGCACGGCUGCACAGCACGAUGUUACACCAUCCACCUCUACGUCAACGAACCCUGACUCGCCUUUACAGACCCACAUGGCUUCGCCUCUCAGUGGCCAGAAUAUCACUGAUAGCUACAAAUGGAAACUGCUCCGUCGAAGACCCAUAUUGGAGGCCCGGGGAGAACCAAAAGGCGAGGGCAAAGGCCCAAGAAGUCGAGUAUCCGAAAGAGUGGACGAAAAUCAGGUAGUGACUUCCACAAGGCUUGCGACUGUGUGGGAUUCUUGCAGAGAAAACUCGCUAGAGCUUUGGGACAGGAAAGAAGAACCCGAAGGGUCCAAGGUGAAGGAUGACAAAGAGCAGGAAGGUCGUAAGGAUAGCAACAAGUUACCAUUGCAUAGGGGUUCAGUACCUUCGAACUCUAUCCCACGUUCAGUCUCUACCGCUCGUGUGGCUGAAGUAACUCUGGAGCCGGAACAGCUGCAGGAGAUCUCCCAAUGCCGGAUCUCAACUAUGUUGCCUCAGGCUGGGACCCCGGUCGACAAAAAGGAUGACAAUUCGUUUAAUGACUCAGGAUAUGCGUCCGUAAGUCGAGUCAGCAAAUCCAUUACGCAAAGUAUUUCGGGGCAACGUCGGACCACUCUACAAAAUAUUCAACUACUAGAAGGUGGAGGGGACGACGAAAUCCAGUCAAUCGAUUCCGAUGAAUCGCACAUCGGUUCAGAUGCGUCUGUUCAAACAAGCGCCGCACAACACGAAGGAAAGGCUUACUUCGCACGGUUCCUUGCGGACGAUAAGGACCUACGUACUCUGCUCGAGCAGUUACUCCAAAAGAUGGGCAUAGGUCGUUUCUCGAACACUAUGCGGAAACUUCUUAAGGUCUAUUACAAGAGCUUAUCUAAGACCGCUAACACGGAGAGAAAGCGUUUAAGUGUUUCUCUGUUAAAGAGUAGAAGGGGCAGGAGACGGAUUGGUGAGCUCAUCGCGGGCUAUCUGGGCAAAAAUGGUGACAAUGAUGAUGAUGACGAUGAAGUCGAUCCAGCUACAAAGGCAAGACUAACCGAGCUACGAAUGAGCCUUCUCGAGGAGUGGCUUGGGAAGAUACCGAAGACACUCGUUGGUGAAGGCGAUUCGCAGGGACCUGGCAGCAAAAGUCAUCUGAAGCAUCACGAGGCGAAUAACAGGUCGCAGGGCUUGCAGAUGGAUGAUAGUGACAUCGAUUCGGAAUCUGAUGAUGAUGACGAACACAUCGCAUUGUCCUAUCUCACCGAGAUGCAAACGUUCUUCCAUGAUUCCGUCGCCUUCGGAGAGCUUGUGCAAAAUCUACCAGUCCUACUUCUGCCGCAUGCUCUAGCUCAAAUUGUUUUCUCUACGAGAAAGGACAGUAUCUAUCUCUCACAAGAAGCUGACCUGUCAUUGAUAAAUAAGUGGAAAGGGCAGGUAGAGCAAUUCACGCAAGUCGAAUGGGACUGGUGGCCUCUAUCACCACACAUCAGAGAUCUACAGCUCACCGAGUCGCGUCUCCACUGGACAUGUGUAAGUUUGACCAAAUUAAAAGCUUCGAAGCUGACCAAAGGUUAG